AACGAGUAGCCGGUAAUUUCCUCCAAUUUUUUCUGUUCAGCGCCUCUUCUCAGCUUAACUUAACUCCGUCCGUUACCGCCAUAUUUUUUUCUUCUUUCCCCCAAUUUCAUUCCCUUUUGCCCUCAAUUUCAAUCUGUGAUCAAACUCAGUCGAUUUCUCGCUCUAUUUGAUCUCCAACUUGUUUCUUCCACGUUCGAUUAACUGCGUCGGCGGGAUAUUCAACGCGUUUCUGGUCGAUUGGGGUGAAUGGCGAUUUCGAUCCAGAUCUAGGGUUUUGCUUCCCCUUUUUCUCUGAAUUUUGUGCAUUCUACCAUUUGUUUUCUACUCCAGAUUUUCUCGUUGAGGCUCGAGGGAUUUGGAUCUCGCGUCUGUGGAGAGCUUCAGCUUACUGCGUUGAAGAUGGCUGUCAAAACAGCUCAUUCAUUUAGAGAUCGGACGCUGGAAUUUCAGAACAUAACAGAGAGGCUAAAGAAGUCUUUCUCUUCUGGCACGGGAACAACUGGACCAAGUGCUGUUUCAAAAUCAGAAGAGCAGCGCUCUGCUGUGGCCCUACAGUCUGAAUUUAAUAAAAGGGCUUCCAAGAUUGGGUUAGGGAUACACCAGACGUCUCAGAAACUCUCAAAGUUGGCAAAAUUGGCAAAGAGGACUUCUGUUUUUGAUGACCCAACAAUGGAAAUUCAGGAGCUAACUGCUCUUAUUAAGCAGGACAUUACAACAUUGAACUCUGCCGUUGUAGAUCUUCAGCUUCUCUGCAACUCUAGAAAUGAAAAUGGAAACAUAUCCAGUGAUACUACUAGUCAUUCAACCACUGUGGUAGAUGAUCUUAAGAAUCGAUUGAUGAGCACGACAAAAGAAUUUAAAGAAGUCCUGACCAUGCGAACUGAAAAUUUGAAGGUUCAUGAGAACAGAAGACAACUAUUUUCUUCUACUGCUUCAAAGGAAUCUACAAAUCCUUUUGUUCGCCAGCGCCCAUUAGCAUCCAGGUCAGCUUCUGGUGCCCCAAGCGCAGCCCCUCCUCCAUGGGCCAAGGCAUCUACAUCUUUUUCCAAAGCAUCUCCCGGGAAGCAGGUGGAUGGGGAGGGUCAACCAUUGUUGCAGCAGCAGCAGCAGCAGCAGCAGAUGGUUCCAUUACAAGAUACUUACAUGCAGAGCAGAGCUGAAGCUCUUCAAAAUGUAGAAUCCACCAUUCAUGAAUUAAGCAAUAUCUUCAACCAGCUAGCGACUCUGGUUUCUGAACAAGGAGAGAUUGCUAUCAGGAUCGAUGAAAACAUGGAUGAUACUCUGGCAAAUGUGGAGGGGGCACAGGGAGCUUUGCUCAAGUAUCUAAGCAGUAUAUCAUCAAAUAGAUGGUUGAUGAUCAAAAUUUUCUUUGUACUAAUAUUCUUCCUCAUGGUUUUCCUAUUUUUUGUGGCAUAGUCGUCAAAGAGAAAAAUGUAAUUGGAAAAACGAAAAGGGAAAAGAAAAAAAAGAACAAAAAAAAAAAAAUACUCAUCUUUUUUGUUGUCUAUUAGUAGCCUUCGUAUUCUUUCAUACCUCCUGUUAGUCACCCCCGAUGCAUAUUAUAUUACUUUUCCAGACGUAAGACCUGGAUUAUGGUCAAGUAUAAUGUUGUUGAUAAUUUGUCAGUUUGUGAAUUGUAAGAGGCCUUAAUUACAUCGUGACAAUUGCCAAAACAAUUGGUAAACUCCUUUUUCUUUCUCAGUAAUUUAUAAUUUAUAGUUUCUGACUGUCUCGUA